GCUCUGAAAACACAGCUCGGAUGCGAAGUGUACACAUGCUACCAUGUGUCUUCCAAAACCUACCAUGGCCGACAAGUACAGUCAGUUUUACCACCACCAUGUCAGAGAGUUCAGAUGAGGAGUGUCCAGACCUGGUGCCCAGUCUGUGUAAUGAUGUUACACUUACAGAAGAACCAGUGACAGAUCCCCCCACCCUGCCAGAGGCACCGACAGUAACCACCAAAAUCCCUGUAACAAUCAUCACUGGAUACCUCGGUGCUGGAAAGACCACACUGCUGAACUACAUCCUGACAGAACAACAUGGGAAACGCAUCGCUGUUAUCAUGAAUGAGUUUGGGGCAGGAGGAGAGAUAGAGAAGCCCAUCUCACUGGGAGAGUCAGGAGAGGUGUUUGAAGAGUGGCUGGAGCUCAGGAACGGAUGUCUCUGCUGCUCUGUCAAAGACAAUGGAGUGAAGGCCAUUGAGAACCUGAUGCUGAAGAAGGGAAGGUUUGACUACAUCCUACUGGAAACAACCGGCCUGGCCGAUCCAGGUCCAGUUGCUUCAAUAUUCUGGUUGGAUUCAGAGCUUUGCAGUGACUUGUAUUUAGAUGGUAUAAUCACAGUUGUUGAUUCCAAGUACUGUUUACAGCAUCUGCAUGAACAGAAGGCAGAUGGCAAAGUUAAUGAAGCAGUCAGACAAGUUGCCAUGGCCGAUGUCAUACUGGUCAACAAAGUGGACCUGGUCUCGGCUCCAGAGCUGAGUAGAGUACAGGAAGAAAUCAGGUCUAUAAACUCUGUUGCAAAGCUGCUAGAGACACACAAGUCAAGAACUGAGCUGGCAGCGCUCCUAGAUUUGCAUGCCUUUGAGGGGAACUCGGACCGUUGUGACCGAGACGUCUUCGCCGCUACGGUUUCACCGCACACAGACUCCCGUACGUCCGAGCACAGCCACCAUUUGGAUCAGAGUGUCUCUACUGUUACGGUGGAACUAAGCGGAGACAUGGACCGAGACAUGUUCGAAAACUUCCUACAGGACCUUUUGUGGGAAAAGUCUAUCAAAAACACCAAAGGAGAGACAAUGGAUAUACUAAGGCUUAAGGGCCUGUUGUCACUGCGUGAUUGCCCGCGGAGAUGCCUGCUCCAGGCUGUUCACGAACUGUACGAUCUGGAAGAGACCUCUGCCUGGCCUGAGAGCGAGACUAGGAUUAACAGACUAGUUUUUAUUGGGAGGAAUCUUGACCACGGGGUCCUUGCGGGCCGGCUGGCCCAGGCCGUGAAGUGACCACCACGUGCCUCCAGCCGCCGAAAUAUCGUCCGGCCAACAAAAACAAACCGUCCGGUCCUGGAGAAACACUCGCACGGGCUUCUGCGUGGGACACGUAUAUAAUUAAUAAGAUCGAUAAAAGUACCAUUGGAAUUUAUUAAUAAAAUGGUCUUCAUAAAUUUUAGAAGGACAUAGCAUUGUCAGAACUGUACAAUUUAAACGAAUGUCAACAAAACAUGGAGUGAAAUGUAUUAGAUUUUAUUGCAAAAUUAAAUAUGUGUAAUUAAAAGUCUUCUUUCAAACUUUGUUAUCCGAAAACAGGUCAUUUUAUGGCCAAUGGACUUUCUGUGCGUAUAUUUUUACGCGUAUAGCUGUAUGUACUAUAUACUGAUUUCACUUGCCCUUCAUGCUCAAUUAAAGAGAUGUUCUUUA